GGAAGGCACGCAGGCAUUCAUAGCCACAUAAUGCACACACAGAGAGCAGGAGAGCUGUGGUGGCUAAAAGCAAUUCUCCACUGAAUGCCUUUUUUUCCCCCCUUCAGAACUGUGCUGCUAGAGAAUAAGAGCUGAAAUGUAGAAGUUCUUUAUAGAAACACAAAACAUUUUAUAGAUGCUACAUGUGGUUCAUUUGAUUCGAUUUUUUCUUUUUUUUGCCUAAAAUCAGGCUCACAAAAGUUUUAGGUUGAAUAGAAACAAAGGUGAACUCUGACUAAGCUUAUUUGUAGUGCACUGAACAGACAGUUGGGGGCGCAACUAGUUCGAGGUGCUAGCUGCAGAAAUCAACUAACAAUUUUGUUUUUUCAAACUACAUUUAAAAACUUUUUUUUUUUUUUACAUAAAUGAUGUUCAUAAAUAAAUGGGAAAAAAACUGCAACAUUCAUUUGAAUCACUAUUGAUUAAGAAUAACACCAGACAAAAAAUAUGGAUUAAACUAUUUAGUAAGGGAGCUGACAUAAAGUAAAUAUAAAAUAAUWAUUUUUCUCAGUUCCUAGAAGGGUAAAUUAUUAGCUCUGAAUAGUUUAAAUUAAUGUUAUCGUUGCGUUUAUACUGGGUUGUUGGGACGCACACGCCUCCCACCUGCUCUCUCUCUUUCUCUCCCUGUCUAUAUUUCUCUACCUCUCUCUCUCUUUAAACACUUUUCUCUCAGCUUCCCAAGAUGGCGGCAGCCUCGUCCAUCCAGCCGCCGAGCGUUCACUCUUCUCUCACCCGGGAUAGCGCGCUCUCCCCGGACAUGGACAGCCCCGAAAGCAGGCAGCCGGAGGAUGAGGAGGCGGCGGCGGCGGCCGCAGCGCAGCCCUCCGAGCCGGGCGUCUGCCUCCGCGACCUGCCGGACCUGGAGCCGGAGGAGAUCGAGAGGAGGCUGGCCAAAACUCGCCGGGAGCUGAGCAACAGGAGGAAAAUCCUCAUCAAAAACCUGCCGCCCGACACCUCCAACCAGGAAGUCCAUGAAAUUCUGAAAGAGUAUGAGCUGAAGUACUGCUUUGUGGACCGCAACAAAGGCACAGCCUUUGUGACUUUGCUGAACGGGGACCAGGCUCAGGAUGCCAUCCGCUCCCUCCACCACAGCACUGUCCGAGGACGCCUGAUCAACGUCACCCUGCAGCCCACAGAUUCCCUGCUCUGCCUCACCAACCUGCCCCACACCUUCACGGCGCAGCAGUUCGAGGAGUUGGUGCGCUUGUAUGGAAACAUCGAGCGCUCCUUCCUGGUUUAUAGUGAGCUAACGGGCCACUCCAAGGGAUAUGGGUUUGUCGAGUACAUGAAGAAGGACUCCGCUUCACGGGCCCGCUCGGAGCUGCUGGGUCGACCUCUGGGGGAUCGGUCGCUGAUGGUUCAGUGGAUGGAUGUCAACCAGCUGAGCCAGGAGGAGAACCUGCACUCCAAGUGUCUGUGUGUGGACCGGCUGCCUCUGGACCUCUGCGACUCCGAGGAACUGGCCCAGCUCUUCUCUGAAACGUACAAACCAGUCUUCUGCCAGCUUGCCCAGGAUGAAGGGAGCCCAGUGAGAGGUUUUGGUGUGGUGGAGUACGAAAGCGCGGAGCAGGCUGAAGCUGUGCUGACGGAGAUGGACCGAACUCUGGUGGGAGGACAGGAARUUCGUCUUUCACUCUGCACCCCCGGCACCUCAGGGAGAAGCACGCUGGCUGCUCUCAUUGCUGCACAGGGUAUGAUUCUGAGUAACAGAAAAGGCUUACUACCAGAACCAAACCUGGCUCAGCUGUUGACCAGUAUGACCAACCCAGCUGCCCUGCAGAUCCUGAUGAGGCCGUACCAGGGCGGGAAGAGAGGAGGAAAGUACGGGCGUAAUGCAGGCCUCCCGUUCCUCAGACCUCCUCUCACUGCUGCCCUCCUAACACUAGGAAAGGCUCACCAGAAUGCUAUGGUUGGUAACGGACUUGUCCUCCAGAAUCUCCUCCACAUGCAGCUCGCUCAGCAGCAGCUUCUUCACAUCAAAGACAAGCGCAUCAGCAGUGUCACCAGUCUGCUUGGAGACCCUUCCAGGCUACUGAUGCAGAAAGCUUUGUCUCUGCGACCUCCAGGUCUCUUGCCUCUGGGGAAAGGCCUCCUGGGAGAUUCCCCUACAGAGUUGCUCCAGGAGUCUGUGCCAAAUUCUACCCACAACCCUACAGUAGUGGUGUCAGCAGCAGGUGUGAUGCCGUACCUUCAGGGUCGAGGCGCAGGAGCAGGCGGGGGAGACCAAAACAUCUCCCAUUCUGUGUCAACAACCCCUUCUGCUUCCUCCUCUUCCUGUCCCACCUCCUGCGACAGGCAGCCGGCUCCUCCCGGAACGAUGGGGAUCGCCCAGUCACAGGGCCAGCUGUUCUCUUUGGGCAUAAGUAACUCGGGCCUUGGCCCGCCUCCACCUAAGCCCCCUGGAGGAGGGUAUACAUCAUCAGGCCAGCACAACAGCUCAGAUGGUAACAGCCUGACUAACAUGGUAAACUGUGGUCAGAAUUCUUUACUGGGCGAUCCUCCUAAAGAAGUCAGACUGCCCUCCAAUCCUUACCUGAACUUGGCCAGCGUGAUGCCAGGAGUCGUUCUGCAAAACUCUGUGGCUAACAAGCCUCAGGGAGGACAGCCGGGCACCGGGGUCUACGGGGCCCCAGUGGCUCCUGUGGCCUCGCAGGCCGCUGCCUCCUUCUCCCACAGCGUGGCGGCUACAACCCCCGUCCCGUACAGCUCCGACACCUCCUCUGACUUCACCCAGUACAACCAAGCCUACACCCAGGAGGCCAUGCACCAGUGGUACCAGCACUACCAGGCAGCGCAGGCACACACCUACAGCACCGCCGCCCCACAGGACGGCACGGCUGCAGACUACAGCAAGGAGCACACACAGGUUCCUGCUGCCUCCACCUACGGGGAUUACACCACCUACAUGCAGGCUGUCACUCAGUACUACUCCCAGCCUGCAACAACCAACCAGGCCUUCGCCAGCAAGGAAGUGGAAGUGUGUAAGCCUUUGGGGGUCCCUCUGCAUGCAGUCAGUAAUGGUCCAGCACCUCCUCCCGCAGUCCUACCUGCCGCCGCCGUGCUCCCAGCCUACAGCACCCUGCCUUUAAUGCCCGGCUUCCUUGGAGCGCCACACCCACCUGCAGCUACACCCACCUCCGUCACACAUGCACACACUGCAGCCACCGACUGGAACACGUACUAUUAUAACCAGACCCGUGGCAUUAAGAGGGACUACCCUCAGCUGGCGGUGCAGGAGGCGCCGCCAUCGGAGGGCGCGUACAUCGGCCAGCACUCCCAGGGCCUGGGGGGGCAGUAUGCCGACUACUUCAAGAGGAAGAGGCUGUAGAGUGAACCAAAUGACCUUAAAGCCCACAGCUUCAGGAGGGAGACACAACCAGCUGGAUGUCACGGCUCCCUCUAGUGGCCUUUUCUGUGGCUGCCAUUGUGCGUCCCUGCAGUAGGUGUCAGGUUGGGUUGAGUCAGGGUUGCAGAUGGCCGGAGUGAAAACAAGCCAUAGUGCUCUUUGAUUUUGAAACUUUAGUACACUCUACCACAGUAUUGCUUUUGUCUUGUUCAAG